AUGACGCUGAUAUCAGCCGAUAAAGAGAAGGUGAAAAGAGUUGUUCCCAAGGGAUCGAACAAGGUGAUUGAUGCCACCGUGGCUAGAUUGUACAUCGCUUAUCCUGACACAAAUGAGUGGACAUAUACAGGUUUAUCUGGUGCUAUAAUUUUGGUUGAUGAUUUAGUUGGUCAUACAUUCUUUUUGAAAUUAGUUGACAUCAAUGGCCAUAGGGGAGUCCUUUGGGAUCAAGAACUGUACCUCGACUUUCAAUAUAAUCAAGAUCGUUCAUUUUUCCAUACAUUUGAGACCGAAGACUGUUUAGCUGGUUUAUUAUUUGAUGAUACAAGUGAUGCGUCUCACUUCUUCAAAAGAGUCACAUCGAGAGAAAAACAUGGUUCAAAGAAAACAGUUCAAAAUAAGAAUGCAAUUGCCCUACAAAGAAAACCAGAAGCUCCAAGAGCGCCAGGUCCAAGAGGUGAA